AUGGAUUCAGAUACAAGCCGCAUGUCAAGCAGACCCUCCUCUCCAGAAGUGGACGACGUCUUUAUGUCCACUCUAAAGAAGUCAGUGCACGGCUUUUCUGGCGCCGUGUCCUCCACGCAAAGCGACUCGCCAUCAGAGAAAAAUGGCCUGCGUGGCCCACUGAUUUCAGACGAAGAGUCCCUCGCCCUCCGGAUGGCAUCUAAGAAAGACCGUAAAUUGCUUUCAGAGAAUGAGCUUCAGUCGAUCCGCCUAAAGAUCAACAGCCGCGAGAGAAAGAGGAUGCACGAUCUCAACGUGGCCAUGGAUGGGCUGCGAGAGGUCAUGCCCUAUGCACACGGACCUUCUGUGCGUAAACUCUCCAAAAUUGCCACCUUGCUGCUGGCAAGAAACUACAUCCUGAUGCUCAGUAACUCGCUGGAAGAGAUGAAGCGGCUGGUGAGUGAAAUAUACGGGAGCAGCGGACACCACACAGGCUUCCACCCGUCGGCUUGUGGGACUAUGACGCAUGCGGGACCCGUGCCGGGACACCCGGCGGCUUCCCACGCGCCGCAUCCAGCGGUGCACCACACCCUCCUCCCGCCGUCCGCGGUGUCCACCGCCUCCCUUUCCGCGCCCGGAAUCUCCGCGGUCACUUCGGUCCGGCCCCACCAUGGACUUCUGAAAGCGCCCGCCGCCAGCGCAGGCGCCCUGGGCAGCAGUUUCCAGCACUGGGGCGUCGGCACCGGGCUACCUUGUCCGUGCAGCAUGUGCCAAGUCCCGCCCCCACAUGUGUCCAGUAUAAACACCGUCACCAUGCCGAGGUUGGCCGGCGACUCCAAGUGA